GCGAUUUAUUGCGGCAGAGCUCACGGGAGCCUUACCCGGCGCACAAAGGGUUGGCAAGCUGAAGGCAAGACAGGUAAUGUACCUACAGCUUGCCUACCGUACAGCCACCACAGAUCAUAAGCGGUCGCAGUUCUGCUUGCAGCUUUUGCCCAAAAGAGUCGAUCACCCGCGUCGAUCAGUGGAGCUCUUGGGUCGGUCUGUCUUGGGGUCUUGGCUCACAAGUUUCAACAGUGGAAAUCGAUCGAUGGGAUUUUUUUAUCAGGGCUUGGGACUUUGGGGGAGUCAAUCACUUUACUUUUUUGUCAGCUGUCUUAUCCCCCUUGGCUUUUGCAACCGUUUGAAUUGGGGGGAAUUCCGCUGGGUCGGGAACGGGAAAGCCGUCGAUCAUUUUCCUUUUCCAACGUUUUCUUUGAAGUCUUUUAUUCGAAUACGUACCGUAGAGAACAGAAAGACAAUAAAUACU